AUUGAAAUGAUUCUUCCUGAACGAGAAAAAAAUGAAGCGUUAUGAAGCCACAAGUCCGACAAAGCACGUCCGUGAGAGAUUUCCGUGUCAAACACGUACAGACACUGGAUUCGUUCAGUGAUGGACAGAUUUCAUUCGAAAUACUAUUUUGCUUGUUUCUCUUUCUGAACUUGGCUCUGGUGUAUUUGAAUAUUUAUAAAACCGUUUGGUGGCUUCCCACUGGACCAAGCAACACCUUCGUUAAUUUUUAUCUUAUUGAUUGGGCUGCUCUGUUAUUCUUGAUUUUAAUCAUCUGCUGCCGAUUGCAAUACGUUUUCAGUUUGAAAUCUUUUCUAUUGCAGUUGUCCAUUGCGUGCGACGAAAAAUUCAUCGACAGCCCGUGGGUCCAAUGCUUGGCCUUACUGUUGCUGCCUGUAAUCAUCGCCUUAUGUCUUUCAUUCUGCAUUCUAGAACUGGUUCGGGCACAGAAAAUAUGGCAAUCUCUUUUCCUUGUCUAUCCAUUGGUGUUGGGCGUCUUGUUCAAGUCAACAAUCAGUGCAAUUCUGCAGGGCAAUGCUAGUACCACGAGCAAAAUACUCUCACAAAUUGAAAACUCUCCGAAGAUCGACAGCUACACGAUAUUUGGUAUGCGACAUGUGUGCAAUUCAGACACGAAACACAUACGUAGUGAGGCUAAGGUGUUUUGGAGCGACAGCUGGGCCAAAUUCCAAUUGAUUGUCGCUCUGUCAGCAUUAUACACAUAUUAUAUUGGACUCAUUCCAAUUGUGCUAAUUCCAGAGAAUCUGAUCUACGAUCUGACAUGGAUUCUAUUAGAAGCAGUUUUCUUCUUCGAGACAACAAUGAUGCUGCUGUUCCUCCAUUUCAUGCCCGCAAAUUACUUCAAUGAGCUAUACUCUUGUGCACUGCACCUGGGAAUAUGGAGGUUAUUCGAAGAAAAUAGUGUUAAGUCCAAGGGGAAUCACAGCUCAAUUUGUUCAUUGGCGGCUUCUACGGGAUAUCGAAGGGAAGGGGACCAGCAGGACUUAGCACAGACUGAUCCAUCCUUUUUCUCGAUUCUUUUCCAGGUUGUGAUCCCAGACUUCUUGCAAUUUACUGGCAAAGCAGACAAGGAUAUGGCACUACAAGCACGCAAAGCAGGCUUCACUGAGUGGUCUCCUUCGGGUACAGUUGAAAAGGGAGCCAUGGUGAUAUACGGGAAUAGGAUAUAUUGUGCAGCCAGUAACUUCCCAGCUGCAGAGCCUGCGAACAGUCAGCAUGCAAAAUUCUACAUGAUGUUCGCACACCCGUUGUCCGUGCAUUCGGCUGUGUUGUUUGUUCACGUGUCUGCCAUCUUGGGCCAGCUGUGUCUGCUUCUGUUCUGCUACUCCCACUGGAACGAGACUGUGACCUUGGCAAUUACUAUGUUUAUCAACCACUACGUCUUAUUCCAUCUUAUGCGAGACCACUUUCUUAUGCGCAGUUUAUACUCCACAAACAACAAUAACAGCUAAAAAUAGUUGCUAAUAUGAUGAGUUUCUGGCAUAGCGCUUCUCCAGUAGCAUAGCCUCUCGGUAUUCUUGUUAAAAGUAAACUGAAAAUUUCUUCCUAAAAAUUAUCUAAUGAGCUGCUCAACUAUUCAUCUAUGCUAUUGAUAAUAAAGUAGACAUUAUAAUGUUCUUUCAUUUGUUUUUUGUACAUUUAUUCUUUAUUUUGUACGUGUACAAAAUGUUUGUGCGUUUUCAAUGUAUUGUAGCAAAAUUUUCAA